AUGGCGUCUAAUGAUUCCCACGUAAAAGUAAAUGAAAAUUGUGAUAUCUUGGACGAUUGCUAUAGUUCAUGUAGCGAAACAGAUGCCGGUGAAGGUACCAAGCGCCGUCGAGUGACUCAUGACUAUCGAAAACUUUCGAAAUUGGGACAUGAUCCAAGUGUGUCAACUAAUUUAAAACAUGCAACUACUGUUUUCAAAGAUCGAAAGCGUAAAGGCAGUACAGAUUCCAAGGAGUUGGCGGUGUGGGGUGAGAACUCGCGACCAGCUAAAUGCAGCAAGAUAUGGCCAGUGUUUGACUCGGGAGGGUUCGGAGACGCUUCAAUGUUAACACUACACAUUGUGCAGAAAUCACGACCAUUAAAGAAUCCACUGUUGUUCAGUAACAACAGUCUGGCUAUAGAUUUCGAUAACAUUCGAUUAGAUUGGUUCGGUGGCAUCAAUACUUCAAAGAAGCAAAUGCAUCUCUCAAACACCAUUCCCAGGGACGAUCUCACUAAACGCAUAUACUCUUCAGUAUCUAAGCAGCUCAGGAUAAUAAACACUCAUCUGCAAAGGUCCAUGUUCAGAUACAAGUAUCCUAAGGUGACGAGAGCUAACGUAUUGUUGGAGUCGUCUACUUCAAGACGUCUGUCGACACACUUUAGCUUAUCACUUAAAGCUAUAAAGUUCCAGUCGACGCCGAGGAGACAGCUGCCUUGCUAUGGGAACCUGGAACUGCCUCUGAAGAUGAAGCAGGAGAUUUCCACACAGUACUACCCAGUGAUUGCUAGGAGCUUACACACUGAGAGUGACCGUAGUGAUGUUAAAGUGAAAGUGGAAAGGGAACUUGUGAAAUAUGAAGGAGAGAAGGAGAAGAAGAAGGGAGACAGAGAGAGGGAGAGAGAAAGAGACAGAGAUAGAUCACAUUCAUCCCGUCACUCGUGUCAGCAGUGCAAGCGUCGUGCCAAGGUCAAGAGGUGCUCCAUAGGGGUGCAGUGUAGGAGGGAGCGUGUGCAGGGUGCAGUGUGGGGCCCGCGGACACACAGCCUGCACCUCAAGGAGCUCAAGUAUCACAGACUGAUGCGUGUGGAGACCCAUCCUAACGGCGGCGCGAGUGUAGUGUACCUUUACCAGCACGACGUGGACAUGUUGAGUGCGAUACAACAGGAGGAACUGGCCAAGGAAUUCUUAAAGCUGGUAUUUUCCGAGGACAGUGAAGGCUGGGCCAACUACGUGUGUGGCGUGGUGCGUGGCGCGGCGGGCCGGCUGCCGUGUCUGCUACAAUACCUCGCGGAAUCGUACCCCACACUCACCGUCAAGGCCGGAGUACUCGCGCGGGCAUCCGACAUAGAGACUACCACUAUCAGCAGAUACUACCAACAGGUGCAGCAGUCGUACCUGGCGGGCACGUUCAGGUCGGGUCCUCUGCAUCAGAUAUCACUAGUAGGGACGGUUCACGAGGAGGUCGGCGGGUACUUCCCCGACAUGCUGGACAUGCUCACUGAGUGUCCCUUCCUUAAACUGACGAUGCCGUGGGGCCCUAUGUCCGCCGUAGAGAUGGAGCCGCAGGAGUCCAACGACGGCCCGAUACUGUGGAUCAGACCCGGCGAACAGCUGGUGCCUACUGCCGAGCUGGGGAAGAGUCCUAUUAAGAAGAGACGGACCGGCAUGAACGAGCUCCGGAACCUCCAGUACCUGCCGCGAUGGAACGAGGCGCGGGAGUUCCUGUUUGAAGACAGGACGAGGGCGCACGCGGACCACGUGGGGCAUGGACUGGAUAGAAUCACUACGGCUGCUGUUGGCGUGUUGAAGGCGGUGCAGUGCGGCGACUGUGACCGCGGCCGCAUCACCAAGGACGUGGUGGCCUUCCACGCGGCGGACUUCAACAAGCUGGUGCAGUUACUGCAGCUAGACCUGUACGAGCCGCCCAUCUCACAGUGCGUCACGUGGCUGGAGGAGGCAAAGCUCAACCAACUUCGCCGAGAGGGUGUUCGUUACUCCCGCCUCCCUCUGUGCUCUGAUGACAUUUACUUCCUGCCGCGGAACAUCAUACAUCAGUUCAGGACAGUGUCCGCUGUGACGUCCAUCGCGUGGCAUCUCCGUCUGAAGCAGUACUACCCCGGCUCUGUGGCGUCCUCACCGGCCGACGAGCGAGCCGCGCCCGCCACGCCCAGGGACGACCUCGCUGAAAAUAAAUCAACGAAACACAAGAGCGGGGUCAUAGAGAUGAGGGCGCUGAGUGCCAAGUUUAAAGAGAAGGCGGCCCUCAAGAUAACAGACAGCAGGAAGAGUUUAGACGAGCAGAGUAAAGACAGACAGACGAGCAGGACAGACGAUAAGAAAGAGAGACGGACAGAGAAACAUUAUAGAACAGAGAAAGGAGAGAAAGAGAAACACACACACAGACACAGAGACACGGAGAAACAUAGAGAGAGAACGAGCGAUAAACAAGACGUGAGGAGCGUGGACAAGGAGAAUAAAGGUGACAAGUGUGAGAGAAGUGACAGAGAGAGGGGGGAGAGAGAGAAGACAGACGGGAAGGUCGCGGAGAGAAGUGAACGGACGGAGAAGACGGAGAAGGGGGAGGCGAGAACAGAGAGGUCGGAGAGAGAAGAAGAUAAACCUGACACCUCCGAGAAGAUUAACGUGAAGUGUGAGAAGACAGACAGGACAGAGAGGACCGACAGAACGGAGAGAACAGAACACAGGACGGAGAAAACAGAGAGAGAGAACAGAACGGACAAAGACGAGCGGUCAAACAAGCACGGACACAGUAAACACUCGUCGAGACACAGGUCCUCACACAAGGACAGGUCGAGUGACAGGAGGGAGCACAGGCGACACAGAGCGGGAGAGAAGAAGACACACACACACGAGGACAAGACUGACAAGACGGACUGUGACAAGACUGUGCACCGCUCGCCCGACUAG